AUGAAGCGCAAGAAGGGCGAGAAGUAUGGCGUGUCUCCAAACAGAUACAGCCAAUGGUACAGGAAGAACGAGCCUUCAUAUGCAAAGUGCGCGAACGGGCGGCGUACGGGUAAAGUCAGCGCCAGAUUCGGAUACGAAUCGCACAAUGUGUGCGCCAGAUACUCGACCGCCGGCUUAAAACCAGCAGCCAUACGCUCCUGCAUCAGCAGUUCGAACAGCGAAGGAGCUGAGGCCGCCGCAUCAGGCGCGCCGUCCUCCGGUGCGAAGCCCUGCGUCUGCUCCAAGAAGAGCAUCACGGAGUUGAGUUACCGCUCAGAGGCCUCUUCCAGUUUCGCAAUGAUGUUGCGCCGCGCCGCCCCCGCCUCCCGCCGGCUCUUUAGCACGAGCGUAGCCGACACCGACGUGGUGAUCGCCAGCUACGCGCGUACGCCCAUCGCCUGUUUUAAUGGAUCCUUUGCGCCGCUCCAGGCGCCGGAGUUAGGUGCCAUCGCCAAUGUUGAGGCUGUCAAGCGCGCAAACCUCGAGCCUGGGCAGAUCCAGGAGGCGUUUCUGGGUAACGUGGUGAGCGCUGGCAUCGGUCAGGCUCCGGCACGUCAGUCCGUGCUCAAGGCGGGCUUCCCCAACUUCAUCCCGUGCACAACCGUCAAUAAAGUAUGCGCUUCGGGAAUGAAGUCGAUUGCAAUUGGCGCGCAAAGUCUCAUGAGCGGCAGCCAGCAGAUCGUACUAGCCGGUGGCUUUGAGAGCAUGACCAACGUUCCUCACUAUCUGCCGAAAGCCCGCGCGGGCUACCGUCUGGGCAACGGCACGCUUGUGGACGGCGUGAUCCACGACGGAUUGUGGGACCCGUACAACAAUCAGCACAUGGGCAUGUGCGGCGAGAAGUGCGCUGAGGACUUUGGUUUCUCACGCGAUGACCAGGAUGCUUUCGCCAUUGAAAGCUACCGCCGUGCCGUGGACGCCAGUAACAGAGGAUUCUUCAAGACGGAGAUCACUCCUGUGACAGUCAAGGGGCGUGCCGGCAAAUCCAAGGUCUUUGACACGGACGAGGAAAUGUUCAACACUCAACCUGAGAAGAUCCCAAGUCUACGUACGGCGUUCAAGAAAGACGGCACCAUUACGGCAGCUAACGCGUCGACGUUGAACGAUGGCGCUGCUGCUAUGGUGCUUAUGACUGGAGCCAAGGCCCGCGAGCUGGGUGUAACGCCUCUGGCACGCAUCCGCGGCUUCGCUGACGCCGCGCAGGACCCCGUCGAGUUCACUAUUGCUCCCUCUAAGGCCGUACCGCUGGCUCUGCACCACGCUGGACUCCAGAUGAGCGACGUGGACUACCACGAGAUCAACGAGGCCUUCUCGGUCGUGGCGUUGGCCAACAUGCGUCUAAUGAACAUCCCACACGACCGCGUCAACGUCAACGGCGGCGCUGUCGCUAUCGGCCACCCGAUUGGCAUGUCUGGCACGCGUAUCGUCGGUACACUCAUUAGCAUCCUGAAGGAGAAGGACGCAACUAUUGGCUGUGCGUCCAUCUGCAACGGUGGCGGUGGUGCUGGAGCUAUGGUCAUCGAGCGCUUGAACUAG